AUGGAUUUGCUUUAAAUUUCUCACACAAAGCUACAUUUGCUGGAGGAUCUUUCCACAAAAAUAAAUAGAGGUAUGAUGUCAAACUUGGCACAAAUUGACUCUGAUUUUUACCAGUCUAAUUUUACUAUUGAUAACCAGGAGCAGAGUGGUAAUGACACUAAUGCUUAUGGAAAUCUUUACGGAUCUAGAAAACAACAAGCUGGUGAGCAGCCUCAGCCUGCCUCUUUUGUUCCACCAGAGAUGUUCAUGUCACCAGGCUACACAGGACAAUUUUUUCAGCCAGCAUCCAACUCGGAUUAUUAUUCACAAUCUUCUUACAUUGACAGUUUUGAUGAAGAGCCUCCUCUGCUAGAAGAUAAGUUAAGGGAGUAGCUUGGAAUCCAUUUUGAUCACAUAUGGCAAAAAACUUUGACAGUGUUAAACCCAAUGAAGCCAGCAGAUGGCAGCAUUAUGAAUGAAACGGACCUCGCUGGACCCAUUCUUUUUUGCGUAGCCCUGGGAGCCACCUUGCUUCUGGCAGGGAAAGUUCAGUUUGGUUAUGUGUAUGGCCUUAGUGCCAUUGGCUGCCUUGUGAUUCACGCCUUACUGAACCUGAUGAGCUCUUCAGGGGUGUCAUACGGCUGUGUGGCCAGCGUGCUGGGUUACUGCCUGCUCCCCAUGGUCAUCCUGUCUGGCUGUGCCAUGUUCUUUUCACUGCAGGGCACCUUUGGAAUCGUGUCAUCGCUGGUCAUCAUUGGCUGGUGUAGUCUCUCAGCUUCCAAGAUUUUCAUUUCAGCCUUGGACAUGGAAGGACAGCAGCUUCUUGUUGCCUACCCUUGUGCCUUACUUUAUGGACUUUUUGCCCUCCUAACAAUUUUCUAAAAACUGUUUGAGAUGACAUUGCAAGACUCUAUUUGUUUGCUAUCCAGAUUAUUUUGGAACUAUAUUAACAUUCAGAUUUCGUGAUAUGAUUUCUGUUUUAUUGCUUUUGAGAGAGUAAUAAGCAGAGAGACAAAGCAGCACUUAAGCAUGGUGCUCUAAUAGCCUGUUGGUUUGAAUGAUGUUUUGCUUUUGAGUUUGAUGCAUUAAAACAUUUCAAAAUACUUAAAAAGGGAUACGGAUGCUGUACUGAUCGACCCUGCUUUUCUCAAUAGGUGUAUUUCUGAGCUACCGUAAGUAAAUAAAACCAUGUUUACUAAAAGAAAAUCUCUAGUAAGCCUUUUGAGAAACUUGCAUGACAGCUCAAGCUGUGUGCAUGUGCCUAAAAAUUGCACUGUUUUGCACCUUUGGAGAGUUCAGCGGUUUUUAUGUAGGAUUUUAUUUACCCAAAGUCUCAAAGAACCUCUUCCCUUUCAAUAAAUAGUUUUAAUAACU